ACCACACGGGGCGCUGUUGAGUAUUUCGUUUCACCGGGGUUUAGACUCGGCGCAAAAACCCAAGCUAUUCGCAUUUGACCCACUUUCUGAUUUGAACGAAAGGCUGUUCUUUCGCUCUUCCGAUAGUUAGCUAUAGCAGGCGGUAGAAACCAACACUUUCCAACCAGAUCCGAGAGAGAAGAGGGGGAACAUGGACAUGAAAAAGAGAAUUCACCUAGAACUGAGAAAUAGGACGCCGUCGGAUGUUCAGGAACUGGUCCUAGAUAACUGCCGGUCCAACGAGGGGAAGAUGGAGGGCGUAACGGAGGAAUUUGAGAACCUGGAACUGUUGAGCCUCAUCAACGUCGGCCUCAUCAACGUCUCAAACAUUCCCAAAUUGGGGAAAUUAAAAAAGUUGGAGCUGAGUGACAACAGGAUAUCUGGGGGUCUGGAGGUGCUGGCGGAGAGGCUGGUCAACCUCACACACCUCAACCUCUCUGGGAACAAGUUCAAGGACAUCAGUACACUGGAACCACUGAAAAAACUUCCCGUAUUGAAGUCUCUGGACCUCUUUAACUGUGAGGUCACCAACCUGGGAGACUACAGAGAGAGCAUCUUCAAGCUCCUCCCACAGCUCACGUACCUGGAUGGCUACGAUAUCGAAGACUGCGAGGCCUCCGACUCGGACGGCGAGGGAGACGGGGUCGAUGACGACGAUGAUGAUGAAGGGGGAGAGUCUGAGGAGGACUUUGAUGAAGAGGAGGAUGAUGAUGAAGAGGUCAUUGCAGAGGAAGAUGACGACAGUGCGGAGAGUGAAGAGGAUGGGGAGGUGAACGGAGAUAUCGAUGAUGAUGAUGAUGACGACGAAGAUGAUGAUGAGGAUGACUCUCCAGCGAAAGGAGAGAAGAGGAAGAGGGAUCCUGAGGAUGAUGACGAUGAUGAAGAUUCAGUGUCCCCCCCUCCACCCCUCAAUGUCUGAUUCCACUUCUCAAUAUCUCUGAUACGUCCCCUUCACCCCUCAAUACCUCUACCUCCCCUCCAUCCCUCAGUAUCUCUGAUACGUCCCCUUCACCCCCUCAGUAUCUCUGAUACGUCCCCUUCACCCCCUCAGUAUCUCUGAUACCUCCCCUUCACCCCCUCAGUAUCUCUACGUCCCCUUCACCCCCUCAGUAUCUCUGAUACGUCCCCUUCACCCCCUCAGUAUCUCUGAUACCUCCCCUUCACCCCCUCAGUAUCUCUGAUACCUCCCCUUCACCCCCUCAGUAUCUCUGAUACGUCCCCUUCACCCCCUCAGUAUCUCUGAUACGUCCCCUUCACCCCCUCAGUAUCUCUGAUACCUCCCCUUCACCCCCUCAGUAUCUCUGAUACGUCCCCUUCACCCCCUCAGUAUCUCUGAUACCUCCCCUUCACCCCCUCAGUAUCUCUGAUACCUCCCCUUCACCCCCUCAGUAUCUCUGAUACGUCCCCUUCACCCCCUCAGUAUCUCUGAUACGUCCCCUUCACCCCCUCAGUAUCUCUGAUACGUCCCCUUCACCCCCUCAGUAUCUCUACCUCCCCUUCACCCCCUCAGUAUCUCUGAUACGUCCCCUUCACCCCCUCAGUAUCUCUGAUACCUCCCCUUCACCCCCUCAGUAUCUCUACGUCCCCUUCACCCCCUCAGUAUCUCUGAUACCUCCCCUUCACCCCCUCAGUAUCUCUGAUACCUCCCCUUCACCCCCUCAGUAUCUCUGAUACGUCCCCUUCACCCCCUCAGUAUCUCUGAUACGUCCCCUUCACCCCCUCAGUAUCUCUGAUACGUCCCCUUCACCCCCUCAGUAUCUCUGAUACGUCCCCUUCACCCCCUCAGUAUCUCUGAUACGUCCCCUUCACCCCCUCAGUAUCUCUGAUACCUCCCCUUCACCCCCUCAGUAUCUCUGAUACCUCCCCUUCACCCCCUCAGUAUCUCUACGUCCCCUUCACCCCCUCAGUAUCUCUGAUACCUCCCCUUCACCCCCUCAGUAUCUCUACGUCCCCUUCACCCCCUCAGUAUCUCUGAUACCUCCCCUUCACCCCCUCAGUAUCUCUGAUACCUCCCCUUCACCCCCUCAGUAUCUCUGAUACCUCCCCUUCACCCCCUCAGUAUCUCUGAUACCUCCCCUUCACCCCCUCAGUAUCUCUGAUACCUCCCCUUCACCCCCUCAGUAUCUCUGAUACCUCCCCUUCACCCCCUCAGUAUCUCUGAUACCUCCCCUUCACCCCCUCAGUAUCUCUGAUACGUCCCCUUCACCCCCUCAGUAUCUCUGAUACGUCCCCUUCACCCCCUCAGUAUCUCUGAUACGUCCCCUUCACCCCCUCAGUAUCUCUGAUACCUCCCCUUCACCCCCUCAGUAUCUCUGAUACCUCCCCUUCACCCCCUCAGUAUCUCUACGUCCCCUUCACCCCCUCAGUAUCUCUGAUACCUCCCCUUCACCCCCUCAGUAUCUCUGAUACCUCCCCUUCACCCCCUCAGUAUCUCUGAUACGUCCCCUUCACCCCCUCAGUAUCUCUGAUACGUCCCCUUCACCCCCUCAGUAUCUCUGAUACCUCCCCUUCACCCCCUCAGUAUCUCUGAUACCUCCCCUUCACCCCCUCAGUAUCUCUGAUACGUCCCCUUCACCCCCUCAGUAUCUCUGAUACGUCCCCUUCACCCCCUCAGUAUCUCUGAUACCUCCCCUUCACCCCCUCAGUAUCUCUGAUACCUCCCCUUCACCCCCUCAGUAUCUCUGAUACGUCCCCUUCACCCCCUCAGUAUCUCUGAUACCUCCCCUUCACCCCCUCAGUAUCUCUGAUACCUCCCCUUCACCCCCUCAGUAUCUCUACGUCCCCUUCACCCCCUCAGUAUCUCUGAUACCUCCCCUUCACCCCCUCAGUAUCUCUACGUCCCCUUCACCCCCUCAGUAUCUCUGAUACCUCCCCUUCACCCCCUCAGUAUCUCUGAUACCUCCCCUUCACCCCCUCAGUAUCUCUGAUACCUCCCCUUCACCCCCUCAGUAUCUCUGAUACCUCCCCUUCACCCCCUCAGUAUCUCUGAUACCUCCCCUUCACCCCCUCAGUAUCUCUGAUACCUCCCCUUCACCCCCUCAGUAUCUCUACGUCCCCUUCACCCCCUCAGUAUCUCUGAUACCUCCCCUUCACCCCCUCAGUAUCUCUGAUACCUCCCCUUCACCCCCUCAGUAUCUCUGAUACCUCCCCUUCACCCCCUCAGUAUCUCUGAUACCUCCCCUUCACCCCCUCAGUAUCUCUGAUACCUCCCCUUCACCCCCUCAGUAUCUCUGAUACGUCCCCUUCACCCCCUCAGUAUCUCUGAUACGUCCCCUUCACCCCCUCAGUAUCUCUGAUACCUCCCCUUCACCCCCUCAGUAUCUCUGAUACGUCCCCUUCACCCCCUCAGUAUCUCUGAUACCUCCCCUUCACCCCCUCAGUAUCUCUGAUACGUCCCCUUCACCCCCUCAGUAUCUCUGAUACCUCCCCUUCACCCCCUCAGUAUCUCUGAUACCUCCCCUUCACCCCCUCAGUAUCUCUGAUACGUCCCCUUCACCCCCUCAGUAUCUCUGAUACGUCCCCUUCACCCCUCAGUAUCUCUGAUACGUCCCCUUCACCCCCUCAGUAUCUCUGAUACCUCCCCUUCACCCCCUCAGUAUCUCUGAUACGUCCCCUUCACCCCCUCAGUAUCUCUGAUACCUCCCCUUCACCCCCUCAGUAUCUCUGAUACCUCCCCUUCACCCCCUCAGUAUCUCUGAUACCUCCCCUUCACCCCCUCAGUAUCUCUGAUACCUCCCCUUCACCCCCUCAGUAUCUCUGAUACGUCCCCUUCACCCCCUCAGUAUCUCUGAUACCUCCCCUUCACCCCCUCAGUAUCUCUGAUACGUCCCCUUCACCCCCUCAGUAUCUCUGAUACGUCCCCUUCACCCCCUCAGUAUCUCUGAUACGUCCCCUUCACCCCCUCAGUAUCUCUGAUACGUCCCCUUCACCCCCUCAGUAUCUCUGAUACCUCCCCUUCACCCCCUCAGUAUCUCUGAUACGUCCCCUUCACCCCCUCAGUAUCUCUGAUACCUCCCCUUCACCCCCUCAGUAUCUCUGAUACGUCCCCUUCACCCCCUCAGUAUCUCUGAUACGUCCCCUUCACCCCCUCAGUAUCUCUGAUACCUCCCCUUCACCCCCUCAGUAUCUCUGAUACGUCCCCUUCACCCCCUCAGUAUCUCUGAUACCUCCCCUUCACCCCCUCAGUAUCUCUGAUACCUCCCCUUCACCCCCUCAGUAUCUCUGAUACCUCCCCUUCACCCCCUCAGUAUCUCUACGUCCCCUUCACCCCCUCAGUAUCUCUGAUACGUCCCCUUCACCCCCUCAGUAUCUCUACGUCCCCUUCACCCCCUCAGUAUCUCUGAUACCUCCCCUUCACCCCCUCAGUAUCUCUGAUACGUCCCCUUCACCCCCUCAGUAUCUCUGAUACGUCCCCUUCACCCCCUCAGUAUCUCUGAUACCUCCCCUUCACCCCCUCAGUAUCUCUGAUACGUCCCCUUCACCCCCUCAGUAUCUCUGAUACCUCCCCUUCACCCCCUCAGUAUCUCUGAUACCUCCCCUUCACCCCCUCAGUAUCUCUGAUACGUCCCCUUCACCCCCUCAGUAUCUCUGAUACGUCCCCUUCACCCCCUCAGUAUCUCUGAUACCUCCCCUUCACCCCCUCAGUAUCUCUGAUACCUCCCCUUCACCCCCUCAGUAUCUCUGAUACGUCCCCUUCACCCCCUCAGUAUCUCUGAUACGUCCCCUUCACCCCCUCAGUAUCUCUGAUACCUCCCCUUCACCCCCUCAGUAUCUCUGAUACGUCCCCUUCACCCCCUCAGUAUCUCUGAUACCUCCCCUUCACCCCCUCAGUAUCUCUGAUACCUCCCCUUCACCCCCUCAGUAUCUCUGAUACGUCCCCUUCACCCCCUCAGUAUCUCUGAUACGUCCCCUUCACCCCCUCAGUAUCUCUGAUACGUCCCCUUCACCCCCUCAGUAUCUCUGAUACCUCCCCUUCACCCCCUCAGUAUCUCUGAUACCUCCCCUUCACCCCCUCAGUAUCUCUGAUACCUCCCCUUCACCCCCUCAGUAUCUCUGAUACCUCCCCUUCACCCCCUCAGUAUCUCUGAUACCUCCCCUUCACCCCCUCAGUAUCUCUGAUACCUCCCCUUCACCCCCUCAGUAUCUCUGAUACCUCCCCUUCACCCCCUCAGUAUCUCUGAUACCUCCCCUUCACCCCCUCAGUAUCUCUGAUACGUCCCCUUCACCCCCUCAGUAUCUCUGAUACGUCCCCUUCACCCCCUCAGUAUCUCUGAUACGUCCCCUUCACCCCCUCAGUAUCUCUGAUACGUCCCCUUCACCCCCUCAGUAUCUCUGAUACCUCCCCUUCACCCCCUCAGUAUCUCUGAUACGUCCCCUUCACCCCCUCAGUAUCUCUGAUACCUCCCCUUCACCCCCUCAGUAUCUCUGAUACCUCCCCUUCACCCCCUCAGUAUCUCUGAUACGUCCCCUUCACCCCCUCAGUAUCUCUGAUACCUCCCCUUCACCCCCUCAGUAUCUCUGAUACGUCCCCUUCACCCCCUCAGUAUCUCUGAUACCUCCCCUUCACCCCCUCAGUAUCUCUGAUACCUCCCCUUCACCCCCUCAGUAUCUCUGAUACCUCCCCUUCACCCCCUCAGUAUCUCUGAUACCUCCCCUUCACCCCCUCAGUAUCUCUACGUCCCCUUCACCCCCUCAGUAUCUCUGAUACGUCCCCUUCACCCCCUCAGUAUCUCUACGUCCCCUUCACCCCCUCAGUAUCUCUGAUACCUCCCCUUCACCCCCUCAGUAUCUCUGAUACGUCCCCUUCACCCCCUCAGUAUCUCUGAUACCUCCCCUUCACCCCCUCAGUAUCUCUGAUACGUCCCCUUCACCCCCUCAGUAUCUCUGAUACCUCCCCUUCACCCCCUCAGUAUCUCUGAUACCUCCCCUUCACCCCCUCAGUAUCUCUGAUACGUCCCCUUCACCCCCUCAGUAUCUCUGAUACGUCCCCUUCACCCCCUCAGUAUCUCUGAUACCUCCCCUUCACCCCCUCAGUAUCUCUGAUACCUCCCCUUCACCCCCUCAGUAUCUCUGAUACGUCCCCUUCACCCCCUCAGUAUCUCUGAUACCUCCCCUUCACCCCCUCAGUAUCUCUGAUACCUCCCCGUCACCCCCUCAGUAUCUCUACGUCCCCUUCACCCCCUCAGUAUCUCUGAUACCUCCCCUUCACCCCCUCAGUAUCUCUACGUCCCCUUCACCCCCUCAGUAUCUCUGAUACCUCCCCUUCACCCCCUCAGUAUCUCUGAUACCUCCCCUUCACCCCCUCAGUAUCUCUGAUACCUCCCCUUCACCCCCUCAGUAUCUCUGAUACCUCCCCUUCACCCCCUCAGUAUCUCUGAUACCUCCCCUUCACCCCCUCAGUAUCUCUGAUACCUCCCCUUCACCCCCUCAGUAUCUCUGAUACCUCCCCUUCACCCCCUCAGUAUCUCUACGUCCCCUUCACCCCCUCAGUAUCUCUGAUACCUCCCCUUCACCCCCUCAGUAUCUCUGAUACCUCCCCUUCACCCCCUCAGUAUCUCUGAUACCUCCCCUUCACCCCCUCAGUAUCUCUGAUACCUCCCCUUCACCCCCUCAGUAUCUCUGAUACGUCCCCUUCACCCCCUCAGUAUCUCUGAUACGUCCCCUUCACCCCCUCAGUAUCUCUGAUACGUCCCCUUCACCCCCUCAGUAUCUCUGAUACCUCCCCUUCACCCCCUCAGUAUCUCUGAUACGUCCCCUUCACCCCCUCAGUAUCUCUGAUACCUCCCCUUCACCCCCUCAGUAUCUCUGAUACGUCCCCUUCACCCCCUCAGUAUCUCUGAUACCUCCCCUUCACCCCCUCAGUAUCUCUGAUACCUCCCCUUCACCCCCUCAGUAUCUCUGAUACGUCCCCUUCACCCCCUCAGUAUCUCUGAUACGUCCCCUUCACCCCCUCAGUAUCUCUGAUACGUCCCCUUCACCCCCUCAGUAUCUCUGAUACCUCCCCUUCACCCCCUCAGUAUCUCUGAUACCUCCCCUUCACCCCCUCAGUAUCUCUGAUACCUCCCCUUCACCCCCUCAGUAUCUCUGAUACCUCCCCUUCACCCCCUCAGUAUCUCUGAUACCUCCCCUUCACCCCCUCAGUAUCUCUGAUACCUCCCCUUCACCCCCUCAGUAUCUCUGAUACGUCCCCUUCACCCCCUCAGUAUCUCUGAUACCUCCCCUUCACCCCCUCAGUAUCUCUGAUACGUCCCCUUCACCCCCUCAGUAUCUCUGAUACGUCCCCUUCACCCCCUCAGUAUCUCUGAUACGUCCCCUUCACCCCCUCAGUAUCUCUGAUACCUCCCCUUCACCCCCUCAGUAUCUCUGAUACGUCCCCUUCACCCCCUCAGUAUCUCUGAUACCUCCCCUUCACCCCCUCAGUAUCUCUGAUACCUCCCCUUCACCCCCUCAGUAUCUCUGAUACGUCCCCUUCACCCCCUCAGUAUCUCUGAUACGUCCCCUUCACCCCCUCAGUAUCUCUGAUACCUCCCCUUCACCCCCUCAGUAUCUCUGAUACGUCCCCUUCACCCCCUCAGUAUCUCUGAUACCUCCCCUUCACCCCCUCAGUAUCUCUGAUACCUCCCCUUCACCCCCUCAGUAUCUCUGAUACCUCCCCUUCACCCCCUCAGUAUCUCUGAUACCUCCCCUUCACCCCCUCAGUAUCUCUGAUACCUCCCCUUCACCCCCUCAGUAUCUCUACGUCCCCUUCACCCCCUCAGUAUCUCUGAUACGUCCCCUUCACCCCCUCAGUAUCUCUACGUCCCCUUCACCCCCUCAGUAUCUCUGAUACCUCCCCUUCACCCCCUCAGUAUCUCUGAUACGUAUCCACCAAUGUUCUCUUAAUUUUUUUGCUGAUUGAAAACUUGAACUUUGUGAGAAUUCUGUUCUGCUUCCAUGUUGCGUUUCCUGUGAACACUGAGGCUGUAAGUUAGCCACUGUAGCCUACUUGGCAACAGUUACACAUCUAUUUGAUCCUAAUGUAGGUCUACCAGAGUGGCCUACCAUCAAAAACAAGGGGGAAAAAGGGCAUCCCAUAAUAUUUUAACAUGGAAAUAGCUGUUCUGUCAUUCAGCCUACAGGAGCAGCCAAAGUGUGGUGUUCAAUGUAGGACCUACAUUCCAUUAGACUUUAGGGGACUGAAAAUGUCACGUUUGAGGCAGGAAACUAUUUUACAAAAUAAAAUCCAUCGUUAUUCCCAUACCAAUAUUACAGAGAAUCAGACAAAUUAUGCUUCCCUCUGCCUAUUGGCUACUGAGCUUAUUCAAGCCCGUCUCAAAAUACAACACUGUCCCUUUAAGACGUAAAAAAAAGGGCUAAUAACUCACUAACUAGCGAAGGGUAUGAUUCCUGUAGCGUUCUUUAAUCUCUAAACAAGCCGUCGACUCGGUCUGUGUUUACAGCAGAGGUUAAGGUAAAUGUCACAGAGUCAUUUUACAUUUACAUUUAAGUCGUUUGGCAGACGCUCUUAUCCAGAGCGACUUACAAAUUGGUGGCAUCAUAUAUGGCAACGGUCUAUUUGCAUAUAGGCCUAGUUUCGGUAUGUUUUACUGAAAGUGGCUAAUAAUUGCGUUGAUUCGGUCACAAUUCCUCCCCCGACCCCUCAGUAUCUCAGAUACCCCUCUUUGCCUUCUGUUGCCCCCCCCCCCCCUUGACUGUCUCUGUCCUUUCCCCCAAAUCCCUCCAGCCAACCUAGGAUGUCCCGAAUAGUACCCUAGUCCCUAAUAUAGUGCACUACUUUUGACCAGGGCCCAAAGCCUUGAACCCAUCAGAAAAGCCCUGUGGGUCCUGGUCAACAGUAGUGCACUAUAUAUAGGGAAUAGUGUGUCAUUCUGAUGACGUGGCUCCACACACACACACACACACACACCCCUUUGAGUUGUCCCGUUGUCCUCACCGCGCAGCAUUCCGUGACAUCACCAGGUGGUGGGAGGGGCUCUCUGUGACAUCAUCCGCCCGGAGGUUCCGUGAUGUCAUCAACUCCUUUCAGAGCUCUCUUGUCUGUUAACGACCUCAUCGCCCGGACAACCAACCGCCCGCUUUUCCCCAAACAAGGGGAACAACUCCCCCCAACAGUGCCUGUGUACCAAAUGGCACCCUAUUGGCUAUUUUGUGCACGCACUACUUUUGGUUAGGGCCCGUGUAGGUCUCUUUAGUGCACUAUAUAGGGAAUAAGGGGUCAUGUAGUACAUAAACCAGAGCUUUUAAAAUAUUUUUUCUGAAGACUUUGUUGUUUUUCUUAAUUUUUUUUGUUUGUUGCUGUCUGUCUCCUCCCUCCCUUGUGUUUUGGGUUGGACCGGAGCUAGAAGACACACCCUGUCCCCUACGUAGUGCACUACGUAGGGUACCACUGGGGAUGCAAGCCUCCUAGUUGUGGCUGUGUUUUUACUUUCUGUAAGUUAAGACAAAAUGUACAAAAAUUUACUUUGUAAAUAAAAUCUUAACAUUUUCCUCCUU